AUGGACCGGGCUGGUGAUGUUCUUGACCUUAAUCUGGUGGUGGCUCCCCGCCUAUAUGCAUAUGUAAAAACUCCCAGAGCUGUGUACUUCAGAUUGGUGCACCUUUGUUACUAUAUUGGAUGUGCAUUAUGCCCCAGUAAAAAAGAGAUAGCAGUAGCAGAAUUUCACAAAAAAAUCAAAGAGCCUUUUGAAGUCUUUGACCAUGAGUCGAAUAACACAGAGGAUGUGAGGGAGAUAGGAACAAUCAUCAGGUCAUUAGGAUGCUGCCCUAGCGAAGGAGAGCUGCAUGAUCUGAUUGCAGACGUAGAGGAAGAAGAACCCACUGGAUACAUUUGAUUUGAAAAAUUUCUUCCAGUGAUGACCAAAGUACUGCUGGAAAGAAGCUAGAGACCAAUUCUAGAAGAUACCUUUCUUCAAUCUUUUGAGGUCUUAGAUCCAGUGAAAUGUGGGUUUCUUGCUGAGGAAGAACUAAUCAAGUAAAUGACUGAAGAAGGUGAGCCUUUUUCUCAGGAGGAAAUGGGAAUGUUGUCUGCUGCUGUUGAUCCAGAAUCGAAUUCAGUUCAUUACAAGGACUACAUAACAAUGAUGGUGACAGAUGAGACUUAA